GAUGAAAGCCCAUCAGUUAUAUGUCCUCAGAAGUUUCACUGCUUAGCCUACGAGUUGGGACUGAGGUGAGCUGUCAAUUUCAGUGUUCUAGGUUUGAUUUCUAGUGAUUGUAAGAUUAAAACAAAAUUGAUUGGUAGUAAAUAAACUAAACCAGAAAAAGGUUUCGUGGACUAGAAACAAGAUAGACUAGUUGAAGAUUCCCCUAGCAUGGGCCAUAGCCUCCCAAGUGUUUCUUAAGUUCAUGAUUUCUCCAUCUACUCCUCCAUCAAGAGAUGGUAUCUCAAUGGAAUCUCAAGGUUUCUCUGUUUCAGGGUCACUACCUAACUGAGGGGUAGGUUUUUACGACUUAGGAAGAAGUGUGCACAGCAUCCACUUGUGCUUGGCUGCAAUUUCUCAUAGGUAGACAGGGAGAAAUAGAAAAGUUCACUGCCUGCUGAGAAUUCAACAAACAUGGCGGUUGAUCGGUGCUCUCUUGGACCAGCUGAUGGCUCUUGUGAUGACGACGGACAUCCAAGAAGAACUGGAAACUUGUGGACUUGCGUUGCUCAUAUAAUCACUGCUGUGAUCGGGUCCGGGGUUCUGUCUCUUGCUUGGAGCACUUCACAGUUGGGAUGGAUUGGAGGGCCAGUUUCCAUGCUUUUCUUUGCUCUUGUCACCUACAUUUCUGCAUUCCUCCUUUCCGAUUGUUACCGCUAUCCUCAUCCCCUCACUGGAACACGAAACUACUCUUACAUGGAUGCCGUUCGAGUCUAUCUUGGUAGUAGACGAACAUUCGUGUGUGGUUUUCUUCAGUAUGUGAACUUGUACGGGACUUGUGUAGCUUAUGUAAUUACAACAUCUACCAGUCUGAGAGCUAUUCAGAAGUCAAAUUGCUAUCACAGAGAGGGGCAUCAGGCUCCAUGUGCAUAUGGGGAUAGUUUCUAUAUGAUGUUGUUCGGUGCAAUUCAGAUUGUAGCGUCUCAGAUUCCUGACUUCCAUAACAUGGAGUGGCUCUCAGUUGUUGCAGCUAUGAUGUCCUUCUCCUACUCUUCCAUUGGAUUGGCUUUAGCCUUUGCAAAAAUAAUAGAAAAUGGGAGAAUUAAGGGGAGCCUUGGAGGAGUCCCAGCUACCUCAAUGGUUGAAAAAUUAUGGUUAGCCUUUCAAGCACUUGGAGACAUUGCUUUUGCUUAUCCAUACUCCAUUAUUCUUCUUGAGAUACAGGAUACUCUGAAGUCCCCACCACCAGAAAAUGAGACCAUGAAGAAGGCUUCAAUGGCUGCAAUACUUAUUACCACCUUCUUCUACCUCUGCUGUGGAUGUUUCGGAUAUGCAGCCUUCGGGAGCCUUACGCCAGGAAAUUUGUUGACCGGAUUUGGAUUUUAUGAGCCCUAUUGGCUUGUUGAUUUCGCUAAUGCCUGCAUAGUUCUUCAUCUCGUGGGAGGAUAUCAGGUAUAUAGUCAGCCACUGUUUGCAUUUGUGGAGCGAUGGUUUAUGAGGAAAUUCCCAAGCAAUGAAUUCGUGAACAAUUUCUACACCUUGAAACCACCACUGCUGCCAGCUUUUCGGGUGAAUCUUCUGAGGCUAUGCUUCCGAACAUGUUAUGCUGUGUCGACAACAGCAAUCGCAAUGACCUUCCCAUACUUCAACCAAGUUCUGGGAGUGUUGGGGGCCUUGAACUUUUGGCCAUUGACAAUAUAUUUCCCAGUGGAGAUGUACUUCGUGCAGAGGAAAAUAAGGAGAUGGACAAAGAAAUGGGUUGUUCUUCAGACAUUCAGUGGGUUGUGCUUGCUUGUGUCGGUAGUGGCUUUUGUUGGCUCAGUUGAAGGACUUAUAAGUGCCAAAUUGAGCUAGGAAUUUGAGAACUGUUCUGCAAUGUAAAAUAGAAUAUCCUCCAGCUUUCCUGUUGGACUUGGAAGUUUCAUGUUCAAAUCUUCAUAAUUCAUAUAAUGAGAGGUUAAGGGAUCUGACACGAGGAGGGUGAUGAACCCUUGAGGGGUUCAGAUGAAAUGAGUAUUCCUACAAUUUCACUGGA